AGCAAAAUGGACAACAGACAACAGUUCCCUGAGGGACUUCUAAUCCAAGUCACCAAGAAUCUCCAUGACGCCAGAAAAAUGUUCAUCGGGGGAAUACCCUGCGAUACCAGUAAGCAAACUCUUCUUGAAUACUUGACCCAAUUUGGCGAGAUGAUAGAUUUUAUUAUUAAAACCCAUCCAGACGGUGUUUCCAGGGGGUUUGGAUUUGUGCUUUUUAAAGAUAGUGCCACCGUUGAAAAGGUGCUCCAAGUCAAAGAGCACAAACUGGAUGGCAAAAAAAUCGAUAUUAAAAGGGCUGAAGCCAUAGAAUUUAAACCUCCACCAAGAAGAGUUUUUGUCGGGGGGUUGAAUCCUCGUAUGUCUGAAGCAAAAAUCAGAAACUAUUUUGGGGCAUUUGGUGUGAUUGAGAAUAUUGAGCGUCCAUUUUGUCCAGGAACAAACAAAAGACGAGCUUUCUGUUUUAUCACAUAUACUGAUGAAAAACCAGUGAGAAAGCUGUUAGAAGCCAGGUACCAUCUGACUGACUCUGGGUGGUGUGAAAUAAAAAUUGCACUCCCGAAAAUAUAUUUGAAGUCACAACGCAGAGGAGGAAGAGCAAAUGUUUGCGGGGCGGUUGGAGGCGGUGUUGGCAGAAGCCCUUCUACUGUUUUUAUGCCUGUUCCCUUCUCAGCCUGUAAUGAAGGGUUUAAUUUUUCUGAUCAAAUGUAUGGCGAUUUCCCUAAUGCCUACAAUAAUCAGCCAAUUUUUAAUACCUAUGGUGAAGAUUAUUUUCUUGGCCAUAACUAUGGGACCCAUGGGUGUGGAACUGCAUUUACUAAUUAA